GCCCGGGGGCAUGGCAGACCGGGCACAGCCAGUGCGACCGCUCUCAGACUGGGGGGGCAGGAGGAGGGGCCCCUCGGACUCGGGGGGCAUCUCUCACCCGGCUUGUCCCUAGGACCGACCUGCGCCAGAUGUUUCGCACACGAAGCGUGGAGAAUAUCCAGUUCCUGCCCUUCCUCACCACCGACAUCAAGUACGACUGGACGCUCAUCUCCGUCAACACCGUGGGGGCGGCGCUGCAGAGCCUCUACAUCCUGGCCUACGUCUACUUCAGCCCCCAGAAGCGCCGGGUGCUGCUGCAGAGCGCGGGCCUGCUGGGGGUGCUGAUCCUGGGCUACUGCUACUUCAGCCUCCUGAUCCCGGACGCCGCCCUGCGCCUGGCCCGCCUGGGGCUCUUCUGCAGCGUCUUCACCAUCAGCAUGUACCUCUCGCCGCUGGUGGACCUGGUGCGUGCCGCUCCCUUGGGCCCAGCCUGGGGCGCCGGGCUGACCCUGGGCACCGCUCAGCAGCAUGGCCUGGUGCCUGUCGAGCGGGGAGCCCAGCGCCAGAGCCGGUCGACCCGGUGCCUGUCCUUCCCGCUGACCGUGGCCACCUUCCUGACCUCAGCCAGCUGGACGCUGUACGGCUUCCAGCUGAGCGACCUUUACAUCAUGGUGAGUGGGUCGGGGGGGCCCCGGCACGCCUGA